AUGAACGGUCUAGAAGUAGCAGGUGUCGUUCUUGGCGCUUUUCCACUGCUCAUAAGCGGCAUCGAGCAUUGGCGCGAUGUUGCGAAAGUCGGCGGCUUUUAUUGGUGGAUACGGAAAGAACACACCAGAUGUCAGCGCGACUGCCAGUUUCACGAGAUUUUAUACAAGAAUAACCUCCGAGAACUUCUGUUACCACUCAUCCCACAUGCGAAUCAAGUUGCGGAGCUCAUUGCAGAUCCAGGCGGCCAAAGAUGGGGUGACAUGGCACUGCAGGAACGACUAGAAGGCAGGCUACAUGAGUCGUAUCAAUUGUACCAGAGUAUUAUCGCUGAGAUGAACGAGAUCACCGAAGACCUGAAGAAAGAGUUAUGUCUUGAUAAAGAGAUUGUGCAGAACAGGCUCCUGCCGCCGGAUGCGAAACGACAGAACUCCAACCAAUCGCCAAACCCUCAGGCAUCUGCGCGGCUUUGGAAGCUUUCCGUUGCCAAGGGCAGGUUGGACUAUGAGUGGUUUCGAACAAGGUUCAGCCUCGGGGAAAAGAACAGAAAUGACCUCUUCAAUCGACUCAAAGAAUGCAACGAGCGUCUAGAGAAGCUCUUGAGCUCUAACGACAGAGUCUCUGCACUCCAAAAUGCCGCACCUGGGUACACCAAGCAGACUUGCGUGCUGGAGUCAGCAUUCAAGAUGGUUUCUAAGAAAUCAGAUCUGCUGUUCAAGGCGCUGCAAAACGCCUGGCAGUGUUCGUGUCAGCAGUACCACUUCGCGAACUUACGAUUGGAGCAUCGGACACUCACAGAAAUAUGCUUUGAAAUCGUCCUCAUAUUCGCCGCUCCCUUGGAAUACGAGAGUAAGCCAUGGUGCUGGAGAGAGAUUCGCUGCGGGCAUAUGCUAGGUUGUGCUUCCUCUCAAAAAGUCAUGAAUGCUGCGACAUCCUCGCCGCUUCAUGGCCAGCCACCAACCUUACCAAUACCAGCAGCUGUUCCUUCACUGCGAACUGCGACACGGAAGAGAGUGGGUUUCGUUGCAUCUGCGCCCACUGUACCGAACAUCAAAGUAGACCCGGCCAUUGAUCACGACAUCCAUUUAUGUCAGCGCUUAGGCGGUGAAGACCGCGGAGAAUGCAUGGGCAUCAUCGGUCAUGAAGAUGAGAUCUUCCAUCUUCAUCCAAUCAUCCCAGAAGCGCAUAUGGCCGGAACCGCUCCCAUCACCCUUGAUCGCAUCCUCUCCCACGACUUUGAAGGCCAGCUUUCGCGGCGCCAACGCUACGCAAUUGCGCUUCUUGUUGCUUCAUCGGUGGGACAACUCCAAUCUACGCCCUGGCUACGGGCUAGUCUCUGCAAAGAGGACAUCGUUUUCUUCCCACCCAACGACGAUAACCUCAUGACCCCGUACAGCAAGCCUUUCAUCCGCCAAGGAUUCUCGCACAGUCAGACGGAACUUCACCCCACUGACUUCCUCACGAACGACUGCAAUUUUUACUCCCUCGGUAUACUUUUGCUAGAACUCUGCUUUGGAUGUCGGUUAGAAGACUAUCAUCUACGCAAGACGCGCCCAGCAACCACCGAUGCCGCAGCCAAACAGGCCUUCGACGUGUUAGCUGCGCUAAAGUGGUCCGACAGUGUGAGCGACGAGGGUGGAGACGAUUAUGCGAAAGCUGUGAAGUGGUGCUUCAUGGGCGUAACAGACAGGGAGAAAAAUUGGAGAGGCGAGAUUAUUAGGAACGUGGUACAACCGUUGGAGACAUGUAUGAAGCAUUUCCAGAAUGUCGCUAGCUACGGAUUAGGAGGUGGAGUUUAUCGCGAAAUCGUUUAG